AUGGUCCUGAGCUCUGAAUCGCUGCCAAGGAACGGCGAUUUUCCCUUAUGGUUCAUCGGAGAUCAGCUCUAUGCAGCUGCGGAAGAGAUCUCGUUGGUCGAUGCGGCCAAGCUGACGGACUUCCAAGAGUUCCCGCUCUCAGCGCUGCGCAAAGAGACCGACUUCGAGGGAACCAGGUAUAUCUGGAUGUGA